GAAUAGAAGAGGAGAGAGAAAGUAGAGAGAGAAUAGUUAGAGAACGGAGAGAGAGAAGAGGGAGAAAGGGGAGAGAGAGGAGAUAAUGUAGCAUUUCUGCUGUGAUAUUUGAGAGGGAGACUACCAGUCUUUGAAGGAGACAGCAGUCUCCAAAAUCAAGAGAGAGAACUUGCAGUCUCCAAAAUCAAGAGAGAAGCUGCAAAAUCGAGAACGAGAGAGAUGUAGUGAUCAUUUUCCAAAAUUCAGAGAGAUUACCAUAGCAAUUUGCAUUUUUCUUUCUUCUUAUCUUUCCCUCGGGAAUCGAAUGUGAGAGCAGAAGUAGAUAGAAUCCUAGGGAUUUCUGCUUCAUGCUCGAAUCUGUUCCCCAAAAACUGAAGCAGUGAAAUUUGAGCUCUGAAUUCUUGCCCUUUUGGCUUGUUCAAGCCAUUUACGGGCUUGCUUUAGAGCGAAGCCUGUUUCAGGGUACACCAUGGCUGAAAGGUAUUCAUGAGAUAAUAUUUUAGAGAUCAAAAGAGCUAUUGAUCGAGCGGCUGAGAUGACACCAGGUAAGCAAACAGUUCGUGACCUGGUGGAGGAAGGGAAGAAGAGGAUUGUAUUGCUUUGUAUAUGUGUGAUUGGGCUUUCAUACCUAAUGUCAUUGACGAGCUCCUCUGUUUGGAUCAAUAUACCUGCUGCAGUCUCUGUAAUUAUCCUCCUACGAUAUAUUUCAUAUGACCUUGACAACCGUAGAAGAGCUGUUGGAUACAGCAAAUCAACCUCAGUGACUGCUCACUCUCAGAAGAGGCCUUUUGAAAGUCCAAAAUUGAACAUUGAAAAAGAUAACUGGAAGAGGAAGGUGGAUUCUCCACCUGUUGAAGCAGCAAUCGAGCACUUCACCAGGCAUCUCAUAUCUGAAUGGGUGACUGAUCUUUGGUACUCACGUAUAACCCCUGAUCGGGAUGCCCCAGAAGAGCUUGUUCAAAUUGUUCAUGGCGUUAUUGGUGAAAUAUCAUUUCGUAUAAGAGAUAUAAACCUUGUUGAUCUUCUCACGAGGGAUAUUAUUAAUCUAAUAUGUGACCAGUUAGAGCUUUACCGUGUGGGUCAGGCCAAGGUCGGGAAGAAUGAAUUGAGAAAGUUAUCUGCUGACCAACGUGACACACAAUUAAAGUUAGUUUUGGCUGCUGAAGACAAGUUGCAUCCAGCACUAUUUUCUGCUGAAGCAGAGCACAAGGUUCUGCAGCAUUUGAUGGAAGGACUUACUUCUUUUACCUUCAGGCCUGAAGAUCUGCAUUGUUCUUUUUUCCGAUAUACUGCUAGAGAACUUCUUGCAUGUGCAGUGAUGCGGCCAGUUAUGAAUUUGGCUAGCCCCAAGUUUAUCAAUGAGCGGAUUGAAUCCUUUGUUCUUUCGCGAAACAAUAAGGCUGAUAAAGCUGCCAAGAGUCCAGCGCAAGAGACAUCCCAGAGUAAGUCAGGUGGAUCUUCGAGGACAUCAACUGAUCAUUUUUCUGGGUUUAUAGACCGUUCUUUAUCAGGUGUAGAACUAGUGCAGUUUAAACCUGAUGUUUCCAAAAUCAGUUCAGAUGGAACUAAGGAAAAUACUACUUCUGAUAUCCAGAAGGAUGCAGCACAAUAUGGUCAUAAUUCAUUGGCUACCAUCUAUCCUACAAGACAGAUGCAUGUGAGCAACAAGCUUAAUCCUGUGGUUAACAAUGCUGAUUCAUCGCAAUCGAGAGCUUUGCCCCCAAAUACCCUUACUAGAGAUGGCAAAAGGAUUCAAACACACCGAUCUGGGGGAGAAUGGGGCCAGAUGUUGGAUGUCAUGUCCAAAACGAAGACUCAAGCUCUUGCUCCCGAGCAUUUUGAAAAUAUGUGGACUAAAGGACGGGACUACAAAAAGUUAGAGGGAACCACUGGACCUGUCAAUCAAGUUUCGGGAAGAUCAUCAGCUGGUUUUUCUGAGAGCACUUAUCACUCUUUGAAAGGAUCAUCUGAGUGUCAAAUACAAAAUGGAAAAGUCAAGGUUGAUGCCUCUAAGGGGGAUCCUGUUUUGUCUGGUAAAGCUGAUAUCCAUGUAAUAGAAGGUUUUCCGGUCCAUCCAGGUGGGGACCAUGGCUACUCCAUGAAUAUACCGCACCCAGAAAAGAAUGAACACGACCAUGUUGUGCGGUUGGAGGAGGUUGAGCUGGCGAGUGAGAGCUCUUACAGUGAGGAUGAUGACAACAAUAACAUUACAGGUCUAGAUUCUCCUGGUACUAAAGUUUGGGAUAGUAAAAAUAAGAGAAAUGGUGCUGGUUCACUUGUGCGCCAUCCUCUUGAGAGUUCGGAUGGCACUCUAUCAAGGAGGAGUGGUAAGGCUCAAGUGCGUUAUCCCAGAGUAUUCAGAUCUCAGUCUGGCGGGAAAAAGUCAAGGUCAAAUAAGCAUAAGUUGGGCACGUGGCAAGAGGUUGAAAGAACAUCAUUUUUGUUAGGAGAUGGACAGGACAUCCUGAAUGCAUCAAAAGAAACAACCAAAUCAGAUGCGUCCAGUGAUGACAACGACCCAGAGUUGCAAAACUGGGGUAGGGUUUCUAGCGGGGCAACUGCUUCUUCUUCAUCUGUGGCCUCUUCUGUUUCUGAAGUUUCUAACCCAUCCUUGAAAUCUUCUGAAAUCUCUAACAUCGGCAACCCAUUCUUCAAACUGAGAUGCGAGGUGUUGGGUGCCAAUCUUGUCAAGAGUGGUGCUAAAUCCUUUGCUGUGUAUUCAAUUGCUGUAACGGAUGCUGAUUAUAAUUCCUGGACAAUUAAACGAAGAUUUCGACAUUUUGAGGAGCUACAUCGACGCCUUAAAGAAUUCCCUGAGUACAAUCUCAGUUUGCCUCCAAAGCAUUUUCUUUCAUCAGGUCUUGAUGUUUAUGUUGUUCAUGAAAGGUGUAAAUUGCUUGACAAAUACUUAAAGAGUUUACUUCUGCUUCCCAGAAUAUCUGGAUCUAUUGAGGUUUGGGAUUUCCUAAGUGUUGAUUCCCAGACAUACAUGUUUUCAAAUUCCCUCUCAAUCAUACAAACAUUGUCUGUUGACCUAGAGGACAAGUCACAUGAAAAACAUAUGAAGCCUCAGAGUUGUGGGAGUAAUGGAAACAACCAAGUAUUCUCAGCUGAAGAACAUUUGGGCACUGCACGAAAGGAGUCCCUUUUGCAGAUGGAUCCAAAUCCCAUAUCUAAUCGCCCGAAAUCUAGAGCAUCAACUGUGGAACCUGCUAAGCUUUCUCCAAAAAAACAUGAAUCUAUGGCUGAUGAUCAUUCAGGCAGUGAUUCAGAUAGUGUGCUACAAAAGAAUGUUUACUUUUUGGGAAAAUCUGAGAGAGCUCCGCAAAAUUUGGAGAAGGAAGUGAAUGUUCCACGUGAUUCAUCUCAGUUAUCUGCCGAAAGUGUUGGCGAACCAGCUAUCCCCAUAGAGUGGGUUCCUCCAAACUUGAGUGUUCCUAUACUGGAUUUGGUGGAAGUAAUUUUUCAACUUCAAGAUGGUGGCUGGAUAAGACGUCAGGCAUUUUGGGUAGCCAAACAGGUUUUGCAGCUAGGAAUGGGAGAUGCUUUUGAUGACUGGCUGAUUGACAAAAUCCAGCUUCUGAGAAAGGGAUCAGUUAUUGCUUUAGGAAUCAAACGAAUUGAGGAGAUCCUAUGGCCCGAUGGGAUUUUCCUAAGUAAGCAUCCAAAGCGGCAAAGGUCACUGCCACCAAAAAGUCUGUCUACACCUACACAUGUGGGAGGUAUAGUGUCACCUAAGAAAGAGACUGAAAAAAUUGAUGUAAAAGAUGAUUACUCUAAAUUGGAAGAACACCAACAGCUCGAGGCUGCACGUCGUGCGAAGUUUGUGCGAGAGCUAAUGAUCGAUCAUGCACCAGCUGCUCUCGUGAGUCUCUUUGGACGUAAAGAGUAUGAAAGUUGUGCCCAGGAUUUAUAUUCCUUUCUUCAGUCUGCACUUUGCAUUAAGCAACUGGCGUACAACCUUCUCGAGCUUCUCCUAUUAGCGACGUUUCCCGAGCUCAAUGAUGUUGUUAGUCUGUUGCAUUCAGAGAAGGAUAGAUUUGGAGAGGUGGUCACAAAAUAGAGGCACCCUGCUUCAAAAUACAAUUUUGGUGCAUUUGGCAUCAUGAUUAUUAUAUGUGAAUUGGGUAUGAGAUGUGAUUGGAAUGCCUUACGUUACAGGUUUGAAGAUUUGAGCCCUAUUUUCCUUGGGUGUAAAAAAUGUGGCCACUUUUAGAGGCCAUAUUUCAGGUCCUCUGCUUUGCAUUUGUAAGUAAUUCUUUCGUGUUCCAUUUUUGUAAUUAAAGUUCAGGUCUCGGAAAGACUCAUUCAAUUCUUUUGUUUUUGAGUAUAUAUAUACGUACAUGGUGUUGAAAGGGGUUGUUUCUUAGAAAAGGAUAUCCCUUUCUUCAUGUCAAUUUUUGGUCUUGUUUUGCUGUCGCAGUGAAUUGGUAAAUGGAUCACUUCUCUUUUUGAGAAAGUUAAUCAC